UGGCGCUCGACCAAUGAGAGUAGCGUUUGUUACGGAGUAGAGUGUAGCCUGUGUGGGACUGUCAAAAAGGAAUCCCUGAAUCUCUGUUAGUUGGUGGAGAUGUUCCGCCGUGUGUUGGGGACGACGCUGGGCUUUGUGGGCUACACGGUCCAGUAUGGCUGCAUUGCUCACUGUGCCUUCGAAUACAUCGGAGAAGUUGUUGUGUGUUCAGGUCCAUCCAUGGAGCCGACCAUUGUCAACCAUGAUAUUGUCUUCUCUGAGCGGAUGAGUCGUCAUCUCUGCAAAAUAGAAAAGGGGGAUAUCAUAAUUGCAAAGAGUCCAUUUGACCCAAAUAUGAACAUUUGUAAAAGAGUGAUUGGGUUGGAAGGUGACAAGGUCUGCACGAGUGCCCCUUCAGAUCUAUUCAAGCCCACACAUAUGUGAGUUCCAAAAGGCCACGUAUGGCUAGAAGGGGAUAACCUUAGGAAUUCCACUGACUCAAGGAGCUAUGGCCCAAUUCCUUAUGCCCUCAUCCGAGGGCGGGUUUGCUUAAAGCUCUGGCCGCCACAUAGUUUUGGGACCCUCAGUGAAAGCCCAAGCAGACAGAUCAUUAAACCUCAGAGAAACUCGGACUCAGAUUGAUUCAUUUAGUUUGUUUAUUCAAUGUGACACUUUUUUGAAUAAAUCUGAUUUUUAUUUA